AUGAACCCUCACAACACCGUCUUCGACGCUAAGCGCCUCAUUGGCCGGAAAUUCUCCGACCCUUCCGUACAGGAAGACAUGAAGCACUGGCCGUUCAAGGUCAUCACGGGCCCCGGUGACAAGCCGAUGAUCAUUGUCCAGCACAAAGGCGAAGAGAAGCAGUUUGCUCCGGAAGAGAUUUCGUCCAUGGUGCUAGUUAAAAUGAGGGAAAUUGCGGAGGCCUUUUUAGGUCAGACCAUCAAGAACGCGGUUGUCACCGUCCCGGCCUACUUCAACGACUCGCAGAGGCAGGCGACCAAGGAUGCUGGCUCAAUCGCCGGUCUGAACGUUCUCCGGAUCAUCAACGAGCCCACCGCCGUAGCAAUUGCUUAUGGUCUGGACAAGAAGGGUUCGAGGAGCGGCGAGAAGAAUGUUCUCAUCUUCGAUCUCGGCGGAGGAACUUUUGAUGUCUCUCUGCUGACGAUCGAGGAAGGGAUCUUCGAAGUGAAGGCCACCGCCGGAGACACGCAUCUCGGAGGUGAGGACGUCGACAAUCGGCUGGUGAAUCACUUCGUUUCGGAGUUCAAGCGGAAGAACAAGAAGGAUAUCAGCAGCCACGCCAGAGCUCUGAGGCGGCUGCGAACUGCCUACGAGAGGGCGAAGAGGACUCUGUCUUCCACCUCUCAGACCACCAUCGAAAUUGACUCCCUCUACGAAGGUAUCGACUUCUACUCCACCAUUACUAGAGCUAGGUUUGAAGAAUUGAACAAGGAGGCGGUGGGUCGUCGGGGAAGAAGGAGGAAGAAGAUGGAAUAG